AUGGUCGUGUUCGUCCCUCGGACUCUAUCGCUCGUCACGGCAGCAGUCGCAGUCUCAAGUGCUAUUUUGGCAUCGAGGGCUGCACCCUCGAAAGCUGGAGUACCGAACGCCUAUCUGACCCAGCCUGUGAACCCGGCCGCUCUAUUGCACGCGUUCGAGAGCUGCAUGGACAGCUCGGCUGCUGACGAGCACAAGAGCAAGAACAACGAGAGCGUCAAGACCAACGUCAACUUUUUUGUCGAGGAGUCACCGCUGUACGAAGAUUUUGCUACGGGGCCAAAAGCUCGCAUUGCUCGGAAACCUUUGGGGGUGUAUCUGGCCAAGUCGGAAGACGACGUGGUCCGAGCUGUCAAGUGUUCAGUCAGCAACAACCUCGCUCCCGUUCCUCGCAGUGGCGGCCAUUCAUACGAGGUCCUUUCAUCAAUGGACGGCUCCUUGGUCAUUGACAUGGCCGACAUGGUGGACAUCACCCUCGUGUCGGAGGACAAAGACGAGCGAUCUGCUCUUCUGACGGUGCAAACUGGUGCUCGCCUCGGAUGGAUCCACACGGAACUGGAUCGGCUCGGAGGUUACACCCUCAACGCUGGUACGUGUCCGAGUGUUGGUAUCGGUGGCCACAUUUCCGGUGGUGGCUACGGCAUGGUGAGUCGUCACUACGGGCUGGCGGCAGACCAGACGACAGAAAUGCGCGUGGUGCUGUACGACGGCUCAGUGGUCACGGCUUCCCCGACGGAAAACUCAGACCUGUUCUGGGCGCAGCGGGGCGGAGGCGCCGGUUCCUUCGGUAUCGUCACGCUCUUCACGAUCAAGGCGUACGCCCUGCCUCAAGUCUCGGUGUUCAACGUGCACUUCAACGCCUCCGUGCGCGCUCAGAUCCUGCGUUCGUGGAUGGACUUCUUCCCAACUGCUGACUCGAAGCUCACGACGCAACUUGUCGUGGACGGAGAUGUCGCCCGCAUCACGGGCCAGUACCUUGGCCCCAUGAAGGAGCUCGAUGAGAUACUUGACGCCUCGGGACUGUUUGAGCACGGAGGGUUGAUCGUGCAGGAGCGUCUCAACAACUGCUCGCAGCUCGCAAUCAAGGCGUAUGCGUGGAAAUCCACGUGCGACGACUUGAGCUCGCUCAAUGUCUCGCACCACAUGACGAUAGCGGACAGAGACUACAGCAAGGUCAAGGGUGGCUACUCGAACUCAGUGCUGGACGACGAGGGAGUGCAGACGGUUGUCGACUGGGCGGACCGACUGCCCAACACGACGUGGGCGUACAUCCAGUUCGAGGCGUACGGCGGCAUCUUCACCACACAGACGAACGACAUGACGCCGUGGGCGCAUCGUGACGCCGUGUGGUCGGUGCAGAUCGGAGUGGGUGCCAAGAAAGGCGAGUCCGAAGACUCGACCUCGUACCAAUGGAUCCGCGGCAUUGCGGGAGCCCUUGAGAAGUACUUUGACAGCGGCAACUACCAGAACUACUGCGACUUGGAUCUGGGCGAAGACUUUGGCCAGCGAUACUGGGGAGCUGACAACUUUGCCCGUUUGCGCCAAAUCAAGGCGCACUACGACCCACUGGACGUGUUCAAGAGCGCCCAGUCCAUUCCGUUGCCGUAA